AUGGCGAUGCUAUUUAAAGCAGCAGAAUACAUAUUCGAUCGCCCUAUGUGUGUUGUGAGCCAGUCAUGCGACUCUAUGUCUGAUGGUUCAGCAGCCGACUGUUGGUAUACCUUUUGGUAUGUCUGGGUGGCUUUCGGUUUAUUCGUGGCGGUUAUCAUUACUAUAUUAAUUGUUUACUACAAACAUAAGUCAAAACGGAGGAACAGAGUACAACGAAUUGGGCCUGCCAUGCCUAGGGAGCCACCUCCUUAUCAGGCUCCCAGUCAAGAACCGCCAGCCUACGAUGAUGCUAUCAAAGACAGUAUAGCUGUCCCGCCUGGGUUUCAUGGUGACAUUCGACAUCUACGGGCUAUGCAAAUACGCCAACGAAAUGAAGAAAAUCACGAGCGACAGUACAUCCAGAGACAGUUAGCUGCAAAUCGACAACCGAGUGACAUCAGCAUAAUAUCUGUCCCGCCAGCCUACGUAGAACCAAGUGAUCCUUCUCAUAUCCCGGGCGUACACCCACCAACCCGACAUACGUUAAAUAAUAAUAAUAAUCAGCAUCAGCCUCCACAACAAGGUCAGGUACUUCCACAGCGACCAGCACGGCUGGGUCAAACAAGACCAACACAACAGCAGCAGCAACAACAACAGACACGGUCACAACAACAGACACAACAACCACAUCCAGCCCAGCCUUCACGAAUACCCCAAAGACCAGCACGUUUAGGACAACAACCGCCAACACAACAAGACAAUGCUACCCAAUCUCUGAACGUUCCUCAGCAAACACAGCCUCCCCCACGAACGACAAGGCGGUAA